CGUGUGUUUUGGUUUUGCCGUGCAGCACAGAUAUCUUAAACUGUUUGAGAGGCACGCGAUUUAACCAAGAAAUCAUGCCGAAAGUACGCAGCACAACGGGCAAGCCCCGGACCCAGGGGUUCAACCAUUCCAACCAUUCGAUGAAUCCAGAAAGGCCAAAGGAUGGACUAAAAGGUGUUGCCCACCCCCGUACGAAGGGGACCAUUAAGCGGCUCCAGAUGUACCGCAACUUCAAGGCCAAGCGUGAUCGUACCGGCAAGAUUAUCUGUCCGGCUCCGUUUCAGGGUCGCCUGCCUGCUGGUACAAUGGCCAGAGUGGAGCCCACACCGAAAUGGUUCAGCAACUCUCGUGUAAUAUCACAAACGGCUCUGCAAAAGUUCCAGGAUGAGAUUGGCAAGGCCGUCAAGGAUCCCUAUCAAGUCAUUAUGAAGCCAUCACAGCUGCCAGUGACGCUACUCAAUGAGGCCUCCAAAUACAAGCGCGUCCACCUUCUGGACACAGAAAGCUUCGACAGCGUAUUCGGGCCCAAGAAGCAACGCAAACGUGUCAGCCUUAAAGUGCGUGAUCUGGAGGAUUUGAGCAAGGCGGCAGGUGAACAGGCUGAUAAAUACGAUUCUACCAAGGACAUAGAUCUGAUACGCGAAGACACUGGCGAAAAGAAGGCCGUGCGAGAUUGGGUGUUUGGGGCUGGAGGGAGCAGACGUAUCUGGAACGAGCUUCAUAAGGUCGUAGACGCUUCCGACGUCCUGCUUCAGGUCUUGGAUGCCCGCGAUCCCAUGGGCACACGCUCCAAAUACAUCGAGGAGUUCCUGCGCAAAGAGAAGCCGCACAAGCACUUGUUCUUCAUUCUGAACAAAGUGGAUCUGGUGCCUGUCUGGGUCACUCAGCGUUGGGUGGCCAUCCUCAGUGCAGAGUAUCCCACAAUCGCGUUCCAUGCCUCUCUUCAACAUCCAUUUGGCAAAGGCGCGCUCAUCAAUCUUUUUCGUCAGUUGGGUAAACUUCACUUGGACAAGAAGCAAAUCAGUGUGGGAUUUAUUGGCUACCCAAAUGUUGGAAAAUCCUCGGUUAUCAAUGCUCUGCGCUCGAAGAAGGUCUGCAAGGUGGCUCCCAUUGCGGGAGAGACGAAAGUGUGGCAAUAUAUAACACUAAUGAAGCGUAUUUUCCUGAUUGAUUGCCCCGGAGUGGUGUACCCUACGGCUGAGACAGACACGGAAAAGGUGCUCAAGGGUGUGGUGCGAGUAGAGUUAGUUACCAAUCCGGAGGACUAUGUGGACACUGUACUGCAGCGUGUGCGCAAGGAGUACAUUGCCAAAAACUAUAAAAUCGAUGACUGGACCUCGCCGAAACACUUCCUCGAGCAGUUGGCCCAGAAGUCUGGAAAGUUGCUGAAGGGAGGCGAGCCAGACGUUACGGUGACAUCCCGUAUGGUGCUUAAUGAUUGGCAGAGAGGCAAGCUGCCAUUCUAUGUGCCACCUGAAGGUUUCGCCACGCCGAAAUCCCAAGAGGAUAAGGUAUCAGAAGAGGCAGCUGGCGACGAUGCCAAUUCAGAUGCUAAGUCCGAGGCUCCAACCUUUGUUAGUGAGUCUGUAAAGAGGGCUCGAGAGUUUAAGCAGAUUCAGGACUUCCGAAAGAUUCGAGUGGGUCUAGAAUACGAGCAGCAGGAUGUCAAGGAGCUCGAUCAUAUCGACCUGGAGCUGUUGGAGCAGCAGAAGGCAGAACGGGCGGCCCGCAAGAAGGCUCGUCAGGUCAAUCUCGACGAUGAGGAAGAAUCGAGCGAUGGAGCCAGCGAUUUUUACUCGGAGGAUGAGUACAAUGAUGAUUUGCAGCGUGUCGUCCACAGGAAAGCAAAGACAAAGAAGAUCCAACAAUUGGCCAUCACAUCGUCUGGCAAGUUCCGUGUGGCCAAGGUCCAGCCUGGAGACUCCGAUGACAUGGGCAAUAGUUCUGAUGACGCCGCCGGUCCCAGCAGUGCGAAGGCUCCACGGCUGACUGCCAAACAGAAGCGUGCCUUAGAACGAAACCAGAAGCGCAAGAAGAUUGGCAGCAACUUCUACGAGAUGACCAACGUGAAAAAUCGUAACCGCAACAAAAAAAGGGACACGUAAUGUUUAUACUCUAGGCUAUAUUCUGCUGCAAGAAAGAAUUACAUGUUAAGAACGCCAAUAAGAAGAUUGACCCUA